CUGAGUUGUUGGAAUUAUAAUCUAGCAAUGUCGAUAAGGUGCUGCUUUCUGGUAGCGACUUAAACAGUGACAUUAAAGAUGUUGUGGGCUACGGUGUUACUAAUCGCCCUGGCUGUCUGUCAGGUGCCAGCCAAAAGUACCCCCGUCGUCAGUGUAGACUUCAUAGAGAAUGUGUCUAGAGGAGAAUCUCGAAUCGUAUCCGGAUGGGAUGCAAGGCCGGGCCAACACCCUCACCACGUGAAUCUGCGCAUGCAGAGCGCGGCAGGAGCGCUCGCCUCGUGCGGCGGGUCCAUCAUACACAAGCACUGGGUGUUGACCGCCGCGCACUGCACCGCUCUUCGCGUGUCCGUAGUGAUUCGCGCUGGCAUGGUGUAUCUCCACCAAGCGAUGGUGAUAGAGGAGACGCGCGAGUGGCACAACUACCCCACCUACGUGGACGAAAUGGUGCUCAUAGUGCAGCCCAAUGACAUCUCUAUACUCAGGAUACGACAACCGAUCGCAUUCAGUGAUUUCGUGAAACCCAUUCGGAUACAGCCGCGCGCUGACUCGUACCGCAACUACGACGGCAAGCUAAUGUAUGCCAGCGGCCACGGACGUACCUGGACUGGAGGUAGCACGCCCAACGCUCUCCAGUGGGUGUAUUUGCGAGCGAUCUCCAACCAGAACUGCCAGCGCUGGUUCGGCACUUCCCUCAUCACGAAGAACAGCAUCUGCACGCAAUACUUCAACGUCACCUCGCAGUCCACCUGCCAUGGGGACAGUGGAGGCCCACUAGUGUACGAGGAGAACGGAGUGCCCACCCUGGUGGGGGUCACCUCGUUCGUGGCCGGCGAGCAGAGCGGCGGCUGCCAUUCGGGACUGCCGGCUGGUUUCAUUCGCCCCGGGCCCUUCCACUCGUGGUUCACUUCCGUCACUGGAUUGGACUUCGACAACUUGGAAGAAUGGGCCACAACUACCGAAACUCCGUCUACAACCACGGAACCUCCGACUACCACUCCUGAGUUGUCAACAACUACGCAACUACCUUCUACGGAACCUCCGACUACCACUCCUGAGUUGUCAACAACUACGCAACUACCUUCUACGGAACCUCCGACUACCACUCCUGAGUUGUCAACAACUACGCAACUACCUUCUACGGAACCGCCAAGUACCACUUGGUUACCAACAUCUACGGAACCGCCAAGUACUACCUGGUUGCCAACUUCCACGGAAUCGUCAACUACGACUCCUGAGUUGCCAACUGCAGAAGUGGAAACUACUACAUGGUUGCCAACAACUACGACAAGCCCGCCGACAGACAAGCCUGACGAAUCGGAAGAAAAGCCUGAGGAAUCUGAAGAAUCGGGCGAAAAAGAAUCGGAAGAGGAAGAACCGGAAAGCGACUCGGACGAGGACUCCGAUGAAGAUUGUGAUCCUGAACUCUCGCAAUUGUUGAAGAAGUUGCAAGUCGAAGUCAAAGUUAAGAUCAAGAUGGACAAGACGAAACACAAGUUCCAUCACAAACACACCAUCAAGCAUCAUCGCAAAUCUCAUCAUCAUUAAUGAUGUGAUAUACAUCCGUUUUGCUUCGAGUUGGCUAUAGAUAACCGUUACAAAAUGUCGUCACAGGCCAAACAGAGGCACAUCUACUGGUACCGUCAGUACUUGUCAGUACAAAGAUUUCCGACUUACAGUGUAAGUUCAUAUUGUUGAAGAGUCUGUGCGGGAAGAGAAUGGGCGUGGUGAAAAACGGAACUAACAUUAAGAUUUUUAUUUGGCAAUCAAACCCAGCAAUCUGUAAAACGUCAAAGUUUUGUAUUUAUACGGAUUUGUUUGUUGUUAUAAUUUCUUGCGGUUUUUUGUAUUUAAUCAUGUCAAGGGGUAAAACCUUAGAAAUACGGUAGAAAAGCACUACAGCGCCCUCCAAUCUAAAUCCCAUUCUCUUUCCGCACAGACUCUAUCUAUUUUAUUAUUAAAUAUACUAUCACAGACUCGUUA